UAACCGACCAAGCCCUGUUUCUGGACCUGUCCUUGAACAACAUCAGCAGGGUGAUGGACGACGACCUGACAGGCCACACACGACUGAGGGCUCUGAGUCUCCAUGGUAACAGGUUAGAUGAGGUGACGUCAUCAGCGUUCAACUCCCUGUGGAGCCUGGAGGAGCUGGAUCUGUCUGAUAAUCAGCUGAUCACUCUCAACUACACAUGGUUCAGCAAUCUGGGAGCUCUGAGGAAGCUCAACCUGCUCAACAACCCAUACAGCUGCCUGGGUUCUCCCCCAGUGUUCCAGGAGCUGGUCAGUCUGAGGCGGCUGGCAUUCGGAGGUCCUUACCUGGAGGAGUUAAAGAGAGGAGAUCUGUCUGGAGUCACUGAGCUGGAGGAGCUCACCGUGCACGGGAACAACCUGAUGAGGUCAGGAAAAAGUCUGAUUUUGUUUGUGCUGUUUCAUAGACAGAUGUCCUAACAUGGAAAGGAAAGGGCGCCUCCUAGUGGCAGCAUCACUUUUUCAGCAUUUGUUGAAAAAAGCUGCAGCCGACUAGUUUUCUGUCGACUGACUGAUGAAUCAUUACCGCUCUAAGAGGAGCAUUAAUUAAUGUUCAGUGUAGUUAUAAACAUGAAAAACAGGAUGCAAAUCAAGAAUUGUUUUAAAAAGG